UAUUGAUCGGAAUCCCUUCUGAUUUGUCCCCGGAGAACCGUGCGCGGUUCAUUAGUCUUCCUUUGGGAUAGUACCAAACACGCCACUGAUGACACAGUUGUGUAUGGCCGACGAGAAUGAGCGAUGGUAUAAGAAGACAAAGACAUCGUGUCGGGUGAGGGGGUCAGUUGUAACUUCACUCACUCACUGGUAUUUUUGUUUGUUGUCAUACACACUUUUAGGUUAGUUACUCAAGAAAUAAGCAUACAUCCAUCUAUUUCGUCUUCAGCAUGCCGAGUCUUACAAAUAUGCCAGCUGUAAACACAACAGCGGAUUCCUUUUCACUCGCCGGCAAGAUUGCUAUCGUCACUGGUAGCGGCCGCGAGAACGGUAUCGGGGCAGCAAUAGCAAGGGCAUUAGCCCGUAACGGCGCUUCCGUAGCUAUCCACUACGUCUCCGAGAGCUCGGCUCAGGGGGCAAACGAGAUAGCCCAGUCGAUCCGGGACGAGUACGGGGUCGACGUGGCAUGCGUGCAAGGAGACAUAUCCACGCCGAAGGGGUCCCGGGGGAUCAUUGCCGAGACGCUGGGACAGCUCGGGGCGAAUCACAUCGACAUCCUUGUCAACAACGCAGGCUACGGCGCAACCCGACUCCUGCGAGAAACCGACUUCGAGCUAUGCCAACGCACCUUCGCAACCAACGUAUACGGCCAGCUGUUCAUGACCCAAGCGGUCGUCGACCAGGGGCGUAUGCCGCCGGGCGGCCGUAUCAUUAACAUCGGAAGCAUAGCAUCGAAGACGCACCCGCCCCAAGUCGGGCUCUACGCGGCCUCCAAAGCAGCGCAGGACAGCCUGACUACGUCGUGGGCUGGCGAGCUCGGCCGCACCCACGGCAUCACGGUGAACACGGUGGCCCCGGGGCCCGUGGUAACUGACAUGGUCAAGGACUCGCCCGAAAUCAUCGACCCGAUGGUCCUGCUGCAGCGGGGCGCGGAACGCCGCGGUGUGCCGGAGGAUAUUGCCGAUGUGGUGCUGCUGCUUGCGUCGGAGAGGAGUCGGUGGGUGACGGGGCAGUUUAUUGCUGCUGAUGCCGGGAUCACGGGGAGUAGGUGAGGGGAGGUGUAAUUUCCAUGAUAUAUUAUAUUAAGGGGAAAGGUAUCUGAUUUUUGGUUGAAGCCGGGCCAGACAGGCCAAAGAAUAAUGUU